AACAUAUGUAAAGUGUAAAGUCACACAAUUUUUGCUCCAGACAAAUUUACAAAAAUCUCAAGAAGGACGCAAAGUCUGAUCACAUACUUUUGCAGAGACAUUCAUGAACAUAUGGAGAACGCAUAGAGAAACUUUUAAAGAAUAAACUUUAGUACCAAAAGAGUUUUUAGCACAAACUUUUCUGGAUAUUUUGAGAAAGUUCAGAACUAAUAGUACAGGCUGAUAAACACUUGGAUUAAUUGGCUUCAGUCAGUAGGCUAAGCUCAUAAGGACAACCUUGCAGUAGACCAGUAAUUGGCUUGAUAUGGCUACUAAUAUUGCUUCAGAGUCUGAUUCUCCAACUGUAAGCCAACUAUUGGGCUCACAAUCACCAACACAAUCAGAACAUGGUGACAUUUCAAUGACCUCUGGCCUCACUACAUCAGUCAAUCUGAUCCAAGAAACACAACUGGAAUCUGAAGAUGAGAGGGAGGGGGAAACUAGCAGUGUUGAUGCUAGUGCCAUACGAUCUCUGAGACCACGUGCUAUUAUAUCUAAGACCCCAAAAACCAAAGGGAGACCAAAGAAGUCACUUACAACAAAGAAUGAUGUAACAGCAGUCCUUAAAGCACUAUCCACCAUGCAGUCUAGUAUAGAUACAACAAAUAAGCUGAUGCAGGGCCUACAAAAGACUAAUGCGGACUUGGUCAGUCAGCUAGCUAUGAAAACAGCACAAUGUUGCGAACUAGACAAAGAAUGCCGAGAGUUACGCUCACAGCUGUCAAAAACUCAUAGCACUGAGUCUGGAUUACCAAAGACACUGGUUAUCGGAAGCUCAAUUAUUCGAGACUUUGAUACAAAUAAACUGCAUAACACAGAAGUUGAAUGCAUUCGAGGUGGAACAGUGGACGAUGUACAUAAAUCACUGACGGACAAUAAUGCUUCAUAUGACAGGGUCAUUCUCCAAGUAGGUAGCAACGACUGCAGCAAAGAUAACACCCCAGAAGAUAUCGCUAAACAAUACCAGCUGCUUAUCAAAGGAGCCAAAAACAUUGCUAAUGAAGUAGUUGUGUCUAGUAUAUGCCCUCGCACAGAUAAACCAGCAGCCCAAGAAAAGGUUGACACUGUCAAUGCCACACUACAAGGCAUCUGCUCUGAUGAAGACGCAAGUGUCACUUUCAUAAACAAUGACCUCUCGUUUAAGCUCCAAGACAAUUCCAUUAAUGAUGGGUUUUUACAUGGUGAUGGCCUCCACUUAUCGAAACCAGGAACAAACCGAUUGGCUAUCAAUAUGAAGCUUAAAACGAAAGGCAAGGACAUUACCAAACCGUACUAUAACCGUAACAAGAAUGCCUUCAACAAACAGAAUCAACAGAACCAAGAUAAUAAUAACAAUAAUGAUGACCCCAAUCAUGGAACCAAUGACUGGACAACAGUGAACAAGAAACAUAGAAAUAACGCUCGCCAAUCUCCCAAUAAUCAAACAGAUGCGACAACUCACGAACAAUCUAAACCUCAACAAGGACACUCCUUAAGAUGCAUCAAAUGUGGGGAGGCCAGCCACCUCACUAGCUCAUGUUGGCACCCUGCCACCGUACGUUGCCGUGGGUGCAAUCAGCUUGGACACAAAGUCUCAAGAUGUCCUGCAAACAGGAUGGUGGACCAAGGGCACCAAGAUUUCAACCGGUUCUAG